CUACGCCUUCUGGCGUAUGCAUAUUCUUAUUAUUGGCCCCGAUCGGAGGUAAUCUUAACUCCUCUACUAUUAUUUUUCUUAACUGAUUGUCGGAUGUCUCUCUCUUUCUCUCUCAUCAACAAUUUUACGAUCUAUCUCACAUAAACUUCAAACGAAUUCUUUUCUUUAUGUAUAUAUAUAUAUACACACAGUUAUACACAUAUACAUAUAUGAUAUAUAUCUUCGUUGUAAAAUUUGGCCGUGAGUCUUGAGACACUCUCACGCGCUUGACACUGACAUAAUUGAAAUAGACUCCAAAAAUUUAAUCUGAAUCCCCGAUCGGUGGUGAUCGGUUUCAAUUUCGAUUCAACAAUCGCUCCGAAGAAGAGUGGCGCUUAAUUGGUGCUACUGAGAAUGACCUCUAAUUCGAAAAAGGUCUGAUCAUCCAAUCAUGUGGUUUUCGUUCUGGAGAUCCAGAAAUCGACUCUCGUUGGAUGAACUAAGAUAUCUAACUGAUCAGCUGACAAAGGUUCAGGUUGUUAAUGAGGUUAACAAGGAUUUUGUUAUUGAGGCAUUGAGAUCGAUUGCAGAGUUGAUAAUAUAUGGGGACCAGCAUGAUCUGAACUUUUUUGAAUAUUUCAUGGAGAAGCAGGUCAUGGGGGAAUUUGUACGUAUGCUGAAGAUUAGUAGAACUGAGACCGUUUCACGUCAGUUACUGCAGACAAUGAGCAUCAUGAUUGCAAACCUCAAAAAUGAACACUCUAUAUAUUAUCUCUUCAGUAAUGAACAUAUUAACUACCUAAUAACUUAUUCCUUUGAUUUCUGCGAUGAUGAGCUAUUGUCUUACUACAUAUCAUUUUUGAGAGCAAUAAGUGGAAAGUUGAACAAGAAUACUAUUUCUCUGCUCAUCAAGACUCAAAAUGAUGAAGUAGUUGCUUUUCCACUGUAUGUCGAGGCAAUGCGGUUUGCUUUUCAUGAAGAGAGAUUGAUUCGGAUUGCAAUUCGUACUUUGACACUAAAUGUUUAUCACGUUGGAGAUGAAUGUGUGAAUAAAUAUGUUAGCACUGCUCCUCAUGCGGAUUAUUUUUGGAACUUGAUUAAAUUUUUUCGAGAACAGUGCAUCUGGUUUAAUGGGUUAGUCUCGGAUGCCUCAAAGAACCUUUGCCUGGAAUCAACAUGUACUAUUCAUUCUGCUGUAGAGGAAAUUGAAGACUAUCUCUACUAUUUCAGUGAUGUCAUUUCUGCUGGCAUCCCUGAUGUUGGGAGGUUAAUAACAGACAACAUUUUGAAGCUUUUGAUAUUUCCAUUGCUUCUUCCUUCACUGAGGAUGGAAGCCAUUGCUGUAACAAGAAUUGGUGCUGUCACUUCUCUCUAUUUACUUUGUAGCAUUUUGCGCAUAGUUAAAUUGAAAGAUUUGGCAAAUACUGUUGUUGCUGCUCUUUUCUGGCCUUUAGAAGCCUUUAUACCAACAUCUGGUGCUAAACUUAAUGGCCACGUGUCUGGUUCUGGUUUUACACAUGAAGGCCAACAACUAGACCUUGAUAAUCUUAAUUUGGAGGUGGACUCGGGAAGUUUAGGAGUAACAGUUUCAAAUGUGUGUAGUUCCACACAAAUCCAAUCAGAAGAUGAUAUCUUGCAACAUGAUUGUAAUGGUUCACAGUUGGUUUUAAGGGAGGUCUUGCUUACUUAUGUUACCAGUGGGAAUGAUCUUCAAGUUUUGGGUUCAUUGAGUGUGCUGGCUACAUUGUUGCAAACAAAAGAACUGGAUGAAUCAAUGUUGGACGCACUUGGAAUUCUACCACAACGGAAACAACAUAAGAAACUCUUGCUGCAAGCUUUGGUGGGUGAGGGCUCUGGUGAAGAGCAACUUUUUUCUUCCGAAAGUAGUGCAAUGAAAGAUGGCCUUAGUUGUGAACUGGAUAGCUAUCUACAAAAGCUGAAGCAGGAUCAUUAUGGAGUGUCAUAUUUUUGCCCGGAAGUUGGGGCAAGCCCUCGUGCACAUCGAUUUCAAGUGCUCGAUGCAUUGGUCAGUCUUUUGUGCAGGUCAAAUAUUUCUGCAGAAACAUUGUGGAAUGGCGGUUGGCUUUUGCGGCAGUUGCUUCCUUAUAGUGAGGCAGAAUUCAACAGUCAUCAUCUUAAAUUGCUUAAAAAUUCUUACAAAAAUUGCACUAGUAAUCUACUUGCGGAGGCUAGAGGAACCUGGCCUGAUCUACUGAUAACAGUCCUUUGUGACGAGUGGAGGAAGUGCAAAAGAGCAAUUGAGGCAUCAUCCCCUCAGAUGGAACUGAAGUGCACACUCAUGCCAUCAAAGAAACGUCUUUUUGAAGAAGUUCCUGGCGAAUCAUCUUUUAUUGCUGCUGAGAGAAUGUGCGAAUUGGUGAAGGUGUUUGUUGUCCUCCAUCAACUCCAAAUGUUCUCCCUUGGUAGAGUUUUGCUUGAUCAACCCCCAAUCCACCCUGCAGUUGAUGUUCCUGAAAAUUCCCGAGCAAAAACAGCUAACCUGGAUGUUUUUGGUCCUAAACCAGGCACUGAGUUAAAACUUGCUGAUGCAGUGCCUUGUAGAAUUGCAUUUGAAAGGGGUAAAGAACGACAUUUUUUCUUUCUUGCUCUCUCUAUGGGAACAUCUGGGUGGGUUGUCCUCGCAGAAGAAUUACCUUUGAAACAGCAUUAUGGAGUCAUUCGUGUUGCUGCACCUUUGGCAGGCUGUAAGCCUAGAAUAGAUGAUAAGCAUUCAAGAUGGUUACACCUUCGAAUCCGUCCAUCUACUUUGCCCUUUGCUGCCCAAGGAAAAGUUAAGACAAAAGCUUUGGUUGAUGGAAGAUGGACCCUGGCAUUUAGGGAUGAAGAAUCUUGCAAAUCUGCUUUCUCUAUGAUGCUCGAGGAGAUCAGUUUACAAAGCAAGGAGGUGGAAAGAAGAAUAACUCCUUUACUCGACCUUGAAACUGCUGUAGAUUCAUCAAACCCUUCAGAACCUCUAGAAGCUGCCUCUUCAAGAACACCACCUUCAAAUUCUUACUGAGUCCUUUGUUGGUUUGAGUUUUAUUUUAUUUUAUAAUAUUAUGCUUUAUUUAUGGGGUGGGAAUAUCUUACAUCUAGCCACCCUUCUGUAUAUCUUGAUGACGCAACCACAUAGUUACAAAAGUGUAAAUUAGGAAAAAGUGUAAAUUAGAGCCUGCAGUUAGUGCCAUUCUUUGUAUAUUAGCUCACUUUUAUUUUCCCUUAUUUGUAAGUUUAGCGGCAUUUAUCGCUCAUUCUUUGACAGCUCAGCUCAACCCAGGAUUUCCUUCUCUGGAAGAUGUGUAACAGUAAUGUAUACGGUAUACUUGAGCUGAUGCUAAUGUAAUUUUGCUGUGAGUUUUUUUGCGUCUCAUUUGUAAUAACCACAGAGACGCCGCCUAAUGUAUGCUUCUUUGACAAAA